AGCAUUCUCUGCCUUUCUUCUUCUUCUUCAUCUUUCUCUCUCUAUCUUUCUCUCUCUCUCACACACACACACGCACUCGCACUGCAGUUCAUCUUCGUUUCUACUGCUUUAAAGUGAGUUCAGCCAUCAAAUGUGUUAAAGCGAGUCUCCGAAUUUCUCUCCGUGGAGCUGAUUGAGUGGUGGUUAGUUAAUCAUUUUAAUAAUUUAUAAUUCUUACUGCCGCAAAAGUAGUAGGAAUUCCUAGAAAAUGUUUGUUUAGGUUUUGGUUACUAUCCCUCCCUCCCUCUCCGCCUCCGCCUCCAAUGUCACUUUCUUAACAAUGGCGGUCAGUUCAGGCGCUGUUUGGACUCCUUUGGAGCUGAGCCUGAGGCUGAAGCCGAAAACAGAAUUCUCUCUUCUCUCCAGAAUAAAUAAUGGUGGAUGGCGGAAGACCAAGCAGAGGAGAGGAGCUUUUUGCUCGAUUACUUGCUGUUGCUCCGACUCGGUCCUUCCUAUUCGGAGAAGUACUGUAGGCGCUGGCAAAGGUACGGAGUCCGAUGAUCGUCGAGCUGGAAUUCAAGCUACAUCUGCAUUGUCCUUCGCUUCUCCUCAACCCCGUUUCUUCCGCAAGCAAGAAAAGUUUUACCUCCACCGCCGUUGUACUCCAAGAAAUACUGGGCCGCAGUCUCGUGAUACCCCACCUAAAAGAGACACUGGUAUUGCAAACGAGAAAGAUUGGGGCAUUGAUAUGUUAAAUGAAAAUAUUAAUGAGUCUGGUACCAAUGAAGAUGGUAGCUCCUGGUAUAGAGAAAAUGGUGAGGAUCUUGGAGAAGAUGGAUAUAGAUGUAGAUGGACGAGGAUGGGUGGUCAGAAUCAUGAUGGUUCCUCAGAAUGGAAAGAAAUGUGGUGGGAGAAAAGUGACUGGACAGGAUACAAAGAGCUAGGAGUGGAGAAAUCAGGAAAAAAUGCUGAAGGUGAUUCAUGGUGGGAAACAUGGCAAGAAGUCCUUCACCAAGACGAAUGGAGUAACUUAGCUAGGAUAGAAAGAAGUGCUCAGAAACAAGCCAAAUCAGGCUCAGAAAAUGCUGGAUGGUAUGAAAAAUGGUGGGAGAAAUAUGAUGCUAAAGGUUGGACAGAGAAAGGAGCACAUAAGUAUGGCAGGCUUAAUGAACAGUCCUGGUGGGAGAAAUGGGGAGAGCAUUAUGAUGGAAGAGGAUCCGUCCUCAAAUGGACAGACAAGUGGGCUGAGACUGAAAUUGGAACUAAAUGGGGAGACAAAUGGGAUGAGAAAUUUUUUGCAGGCAUAGGUUCACGUCAAGGAGAGACUUGGCAUGUGUCGCCUAACGGUGAACGCUGGUCUAGAACAUGGGGAGAAGAGCACUUUGGAAAUGGAAAGGUGCACAAGUAUGGUAAGAGCACAACGGGAGAAAGCUGGGAUAUUAUUGUGGAUGAAGAAACAUAUUAUGAGGCUGAGCCACAUUAUGGAUGGGCGGAUGUUGUGGGCGAUUCAACCCAGCUGCUAUCCAUUCAACCUCCAGAGAAGCCCCCUGGCAUCUACCCGAUUGUUGAUUUCGGGACAUCUCACCCAUUUCCUAGUAGUAGUAGUAAUGAUGAUGACGACGAUGACAACAAGAACGACUACCCAAAUGUCCCUCCGGAAUCCCCAACUCCUUAGCAUAUAUAUAUGUAUAUGUAUUGUUGGGAAAGAAAUGGCAAAGGGAUGAAGAAAGAAUCCAUCAUUAUCAUCCCCUUAGUUGUCAAUUUCAUUCAUUCUUUUCAUGGUUGUUGUUUGGUUUUCAUAUUGUUAAAGAACAAUAUCUCUAAUUCACCCUAGAAAGGUGUUUAAGUUUGCUAGCCUUGAAUUGGACAACUUUUUAAGAUUUGGAUUUGGUUUAAUCUUCAAAUUCCAUAGAGAAAUAUGGUUUCAGCUUCAUUUGGUUA